AUGAAAGAAACGAACAAACUCAGAUUUUUUACUGUAGACAAGAUCUUUAUCACCGAUGACCUGAUCGAAAAGGAAAGACACAUUAGGCAAGAAAUUGUAAAUAACGGCAAGGAAUUAAGAGCUGAAGGUAAAACCGUGAAGAUUGAGUAUAAAAAAACUAACUGUGGAUGGCAUAAAAUGAGAAUGGAUCUUUUGACAAGGCUAACAAAAUACCAUGACGUUGACAUAGAUGUUGUAAGAAAAGAUGGACUUAUAUUAAUUAGAGAAAUGGCUAUGGAAGUAAAAAACAUGAUGGACUUCAAAAUGAGUGCUGUUAUGAGGAUAAUGGACUCAGCGGAACAAGCUGCAUUGACUCCUCGAUCAGACAAUGGCCAGCCGUUCCGAUUUUAUAAUGCUAAAAGACUGAAUGCGUUCGGCGAUGAUGGUAGACCUGCCGAAGGCACUAGAGAAAUGAUUCUCACUCCAAAUGCUCAUUUCGACCAUCUUCCUGUUAAUACAACUCUUAGUUCUAUUCUUAUGCCUAAUAACGUUGGAGAAAGUGAUACCGAUGUUAUGAAUGCAAUACAAUGGUCUGAAAACCUAGAUCCAUUAUUUAUUAACAAUUAUGAAGGAGAUCCUUCGUUAUCAUGGCAGUUUUUCGGAAGUUCCACAGGUUUUUUACGAAGAUAUCCAGGUAUUGCUUGGCCUCCAGAUGAUACUAUCUCCACAGUAUGGCAAAGGCCAAGAAGUGAUCGGAACGUUUACGAUUUCCGAUCUUCUGCUUGGUACGUAAACGCCGCAACUUCUCCAAAAGACUUAGUUAUAUUAAUCGAUAAUUCCGGAUCAAUGACAGGGCAUAGAGCCAACUUAGCAAGAGCUACAGCAGAGGCUAUUCUAGACACUUUAUCCGAUAAUGAUUUUGUAAAUAUUUAUUCGUUUUCUGACACAACGCAAGAAAGUGUGCCAUGUUUUAAAGAUCAGCUAGCGCAGGUAGGAAGAGAUAAUGAAUUUUAA